CCAACGGGACCAGCUGUGCAUUUGUUGUCGGCGGGCUUCUUUUCUGAUCUUUGGCGACGCAGGGUAGUUCCGGAUCAGACGGUUUUCUCUUUGACAUACACGUCCACACUACAAUAUCAUGGCGGCCGCGGCCGUCUCUUACAAGGAACGGCAGUUCCUUGCUGUCAUCGGAGAUGAAGACUCCGUAACUGGGCUUCUCCUCGCGGGUAUCGGUCACGUCACAGAUGGCCCGGAUGCCCAACGGAACUUCCUCGUGGUAGACUCGAAGACGGAAACCUCUGUCAUCGAAAAGGCGUUCUACAGCUUCACACAGGAGCGACAGGACAUCGCCGUCCUGCUCAUCAACCAGCACAUCGCCGAGCGCAUUCGCCACGCUGUCGAUUCAUAUGCCGAGGCUUUCCCCGCUGUUCUGGAGAUCCCCAGCAAGGACCACCCUUACGACCCCGAGAAGGACAGUGUGUUGAAGCGGGUGCGCCGACUCUUUGGGGAGUAAAUCAAGGACGGUAGAUCCGUCGUAUAAGACUGUUCAAAACAAUACUGGAACCAUUGGCCGUGGGCUGCCCACGCUUUCAUUCCAUUUAUUGUUUCUUUGUCAGGUCGCUCCCGCACGGUUAAGGGUACCCAGCGCGGGAGAAAGAUACCCAUGAUAUUUGUUCAUAGAAUUUCACCUACAUUUGUCAGUCUUGCCAGUACAUUGCUGAUAUUCGAGGCUUGUCGGAAUGGCAAUGUGCUGAAUCCCCGGUUGUUCAUAUGCACCAUAUCAAUUCCAAACAGAAAUUCUAGC